ACCGAAAGAGUACUCCAUACACCUCCUCCUGAAGAACUAUCAAGUCAUACUCAUAUUGAAUAUGCAAAAAAGGCUCGACAUGGCCAUGGUAAAGAUGUCACUGACACUCAUAACAUCAGACAAGUAGCAGGUUGUUUGCCUAUUGAUCCACUUUCUAAGCGAGUUGUCCUGAUUUCUUCUAGCAAAAACCCUGAUAACUGGGUCAUCCCAAAGGGCGGUUGGGAAGUAGACGAGACACAAGAGCAUGCUGCACUCCGAGAGACUUGGGAAGAAGGAGGCAUUAAGGGCCGUAUUGUUCGACAUCUCGGCGUGUUUGUUGAGCGUAAUAAAAAGAAGAUCAAGGCUCAUCACUGGAUCUAUGAAAUGGAGAUUGAUGAGAUUGCUAAAAAAUAUCCUGAACGCAAAAAAAGAGAUCGUAGAUGGUUUACUUAUGAUGAAGCCUUAAUAGCCACACAAAACAACCGUUACAUUCAAGAAGCUAUUCGUUUAUCUAGUAUCAACCCC